AUGGCCGACCCGGAGAUCGACGAGUUCGCGCAGACCCGUGGCGCCGACGACCUGUUCGACGAUGAGAUUAUUCCCGUCUCCGCCGAGGAACAAGUACCGUCGGUAGACCCGACACCCGCUCCCGUCACCGAAGAGAACAUCGCGGCACUGGAACGGAACGCACCCCCGCCCGCACCACGCGCGGAUACCCCGCGAUCGCGUGGGGGCGAAAGGCGCGGUCGGGGUCGAGGCAGAGGACGCGCCAGACAGGCGUCGCGGAAGCGCGGCGGCGAUGCCGGCUCGCAGGCGAAGUCGACGGAGAACAGUAGCAUGCCCGAGCAGGAGAAGAACGGUGACCAGGAGUCGAAACAUGAUGCCCCGGCGGAGCCCACCGCCGAGGAUGCGAACAAGGAAGAUGGCGCCUCUGUCGAUACGAAGGACGCGGAUGGACCACGCGUGCCUGCCGUCAGAGGGGACCGGAGUGCAACGGGCGGGGUCAGAAAGCCCAAACUCACAGAAGAAGAACUGUCCAAGAAGAUCGCCGCCGCCAAAGAACACGCCGCCAGAGUCGCCGCCGCGCACGCGCGUGCAGAAGCCGACCAAGCCUCCUUCCUGGAACGCGAGAAAGUCGCCGACGCGAAGCGUCGCCAGGAGCGCGCUCAUCGGCGCGUGAUGGACACGGAAAGAGAGCGCAACCGCCAGCGGAAACUCAACGCCGUCACCGGCCGGGAAUGGGACUCGCAGAAGCAAGAAGAAGACUACAAUGGGUCCCGCGGGAGGGGCAACUUCCGCGGCAUGCACGGCGGCGUUACGGGACAGGUGCGACGAGGCCUGGAAGACUCGCGCUGGGCGACAGCGCCCGAGGAGACGCCGUCCGACGAGCCGUCUGAGAGUCACAAUCGCCACCAUAGCCCCCGUGGCCGUGGCCGUGGCCGCGGCGGCCGACGAGGUGGUCGCGGACGUGGUGGCCAGCGUGGACACGACGGAGCCACACCCCCUCAGAGCCAACAAGAGAAACCCGCCGCCCCGGCCCUGGACAACCAGGCUGACUUCCCGGCCCUCCCCGCGGAGCCAAAGAAGCCCAGCACCAGCAGCCCCGGAUUAUCCCCGGAAAAAGCGACGACUUCGACUACGAAACUCGACCCCCUGUCCCCACUGUCUCCGGUGGGAGGUUCCUGGGCGGACCAGGUUGAAGAACAUUUUUAA